AUGGCAUUUUCUAAAAAGUCUGUAAAAUUCUAUUCUGCAUUCCGUGAUUCCUAUAUAAUUCUAGCUUCUUUGAGAAUUAAAACUGUUACCAAUGAUGAAGUAGAGAAAGAAGCCGAUGUUCAGUAUGUCAUAGCAUCUAUCAAAUUGUUGAUUAUCGAUCAAGCUGAAAUGUUAAUAAUGCAAAAUCGGGCUACUGUACAAAAGAUUGUCUCUUCACUCAAUCAACGUCCAACUGUUCUUGUGUUAGCGUCAGCUGCACGUAUCCGAUUAUGUUACCUAGCUGGUUAUGGUAGACGUUAUCGUCAAACUCUAUUAUUUUCUGGCGUACCAUAUUUUUUGAUCACAUCAUUAUCAGGUGAAUGUGAAAAUUUUCAAGGCCUGAACUAUAUACCGCCAUUAUCACAUUACCCUGAUUUAUAUCCAACAUUUUUACCCGAUUGGGUACGUAUUCCUGAACUGAAUGCAUCUAUUCGAACUGGACAGAAACGUCAACAUUCAGAUAUGAAUGCUAUAAAGCAAGGAGAUAAAUCGUUAACAAAUUAUAACUUCAAGUUACAUUCAAUUUCACUUGUAGUUCCUGGACAAAUUUCUGUUAAAUCAUCUUGUACAAAAUUGGUCAUUAAAAAUAAUCAAUCAGAUUCAGACGAUGAUAGAAAUGUCACCUAA